CUAUAACACCAAUUUCAAGAAGGAAACAAGAGUAAACCACCCAACUAUCGUCCAGUGUCUUUAACUUCAGUAUGCUGCAAAGUAUUAGAACAUCUUAUAUACAGCUCCAUCAUGCGGUUCUUUAGCCGGCACAACAUCCUAUCUGAUAUGCAGCAUGGAAUCCGCAAAUCACGAUCCUGCGAAUCUCAACAUAUCCUCACCAUCCAAGACCUGGCGAAAGGGCUAGACAGCAAUCUAUCCAAAUCGAUGUUGUGCUCCUCGAUUUCUCCAAGGCAUUUGACAAAGUUCCAUACUAGCGGCUGGCUGAAAAACUACAUCACUACGGAAUCCGUGGCCCAACUUUUUCUGGGAUAGAUUCCUUCCUUUAGAAGGCCACAAGAGCAACAAUACCAACUGGCAUUGUGUGUAGACGUUCUAUGGGUUAUCAGACCCAUACAAUCAGUGUGGUACCAGCGUUCACUGUUACUGCAUGUUACAGAAUGGCGAGUGCGUGACCAUUUGCAAGCCUUUCCACAGAUUUGACAGGGUUGUUUUGUAAUGGAAGAGUUGCAGAGAUAUGGCCAAAUUAUGCCAAACAGUUUCCUUUAAAUGUGAAAACUGGCUGUUAUAUUCCAUGCAGACUCCUAACCUUUUUAAGUGAUGAUCGCAAGAGGGAAGCAAUCAAAGAAGAGGGAUUUAUUACAGGCAACCUGAAGAUGCAGAAAGAUAUACACAAACGAAAGCUUAGUGACAAGGAUAUUGCCAAAAUCAAAUCCAGAUUUCGGCUUCAAAGUUUGUAUUCUGCCACGGAAACCCCUGAACAUCUAGUUGUGAAAGGCUUCUCAUUGUUGGAUGUGCAGAACUCUCUCCUAUAUUUAGAUAAAUUUCUGUCAAGACGGAACACUGAUCAACAUCUCCCAAGGCAGACUAAAGAGAAGGCCAGUGUGCCGGCUGAAUGUGUAUUGAACUUGUCCAUGGAUGAAAGUUCAAAACAUGCUGUCUUAUUCUUAUAUGGAUUUCGUGCUAUAAUGAAAAAGCAUUUGGAAAAGACAACAAAAUGUAAAUUACAUAUGAAUAUAUCCCCUCCUUAUUCCAUCAUUGUCAAAGGAAAUGCAAGCAAUGUAGAGACAACUACUGAAAAGCUAGAUGUGUUUAUUGAAGGGGUCCUGAAACAACAUGGGAUGCAUGAAGUGGUACCCAUAUCAAAUUUACAUGAUGGACAACAUUUGUAUGGUUUGGAAGACUUCCUCUGCAAUCACCCUUUAUUCAAGGUUCAUAAUCAACUCGCACAACUUGGAAAGGACCCCAGUUUUUUCAUGAUACCACACUUUGCACAACCAUUUGGAGUAACAGUUUUUGCCAAUAGUUCUACAGGAUUAUCUGAAGCCAAAGAGAAGGUGGAGGAGGCUUUUCUUCAUCAAAGGGAAAAGUGUUAUGAAAAUAUGAUUCUGAAGGAAGACAGUUUUUCUGCCUUACAAAGAGAACAAAAUUCACUCUUAUCUCCCUUUUCAGCAAAUCUUAGCAAGAAAACAAAAUGUUCCUUUGUAUUGAUAGGAGAAGGGACAAACAUCGACAGGAGAAAGCCUGCACAAGCUGUUGUUUUUGGACCAACAAAGACUGAUGUUGACCAUGGUCUGAAGCAUAUAGAAGCAUUCAUAAACCAUAAAGGCAAACUAUUUUUUCCUUCAAAAGCCAAGACAGUCAGCGUUUUAAAGUUUAGCUAUGAUAAAAAGGCUAUUCAAAGUCUAUUGGAAUCAGAUGGGGAAAUUCUAUACAAGUUGGAAAAAGAGACAGACUGUAAUAUACAUUUAAAAUUGGGCAAGAAAGAAGGAUCCUUCCAUAUUGUUCUAACUGGAGAACAUGAAAGUCAUGUGAUGGAGGCAGAGGUAGUUGUAAGGAAAUUCUUCAAAGAACACAAUAAGAAAUUUAUUGUGAUGAAGUCGGUCAAACUCCCCAGUGUCGAUGGAGAAGAAGAGAAUAUUUUGUUUGAUUUCUUUUUAGGGCGUGAUAAAGCAAGUCAUCGGAAGAAACUGGAGAAUGAUUAUAAAUGUGCGUUGAUAUUUGAUGUGCAAAAUUCCUCGCUCAAUGUGUAUGUCGAAACUGAAGAGCAAUUGAAGGAGACUCUUACGGAGGUGGAGAAGGUCAUUCAGAAGGGAGUUGAAAAAUUUGCGAGACUGAAAUUCAGGAGUAAGUUUAAUCUCCCAGAAGACUUAGAUGGGCUUUUUGUCAAAAAGAUCUGUUCAGGUGUUGGCAGUUUACAAGGUGCUCUAGAACAAGAAACAGAAUGUUCUCUGCUCAUCAGGGGAGUGAAUGGGAAAGUGGGUUUUGCAGAUAGAAAUUCCCCAUUCUAUAUUUUAGUUUGUGCAGAAACUCAGGAAAUUUUGAGAAAAGGACUGGAGAAAAUCAAAGAAACCAUAGAAAGAGAAAGUGCUAUUUAUAGAAUGGAAUUUUUUUUUUCAAAACCACAUCAAGCAGAUCUAACGAGACAAGCAUGGACUGAAAUAAGAAACAAUGCUACAAAGUGAAGUUCCAAUAAUAACUGCUUUUUUGAAAGGUAGUUCCACCCUCGUGUGACUUCUGACAGAGGAUUUUGAAAAAGUUUUAUUUGUAAUGAUUAAAAUUUGUGCAUGGUAAACAUAUCUUUCAGAGGAAUUUUAUUAAUUGGGUAUAAUAACAAAUCUGGUAAACUAUAUGGUUAUGAAAAUAUUUAUAUUUUCUAUAAACAUGAUAAAUAAUCAAUUAUCUUUUUAAAAAAAUACUGUUGUCAAGGGCAGUAACUCCUAUGCUGGUAUUUUCUCUAUUAUACAAUGAUUUCCACAAAACAAAAACACACCCACUUUAAUGUAGAAGUUUGUAGCUGUUGAGGAUUGUACUUGUUUGUUGGUGACAAUGGAAUAUAAAAUUCAUAUUACAUUUCUGUAUGUAUAAUCAUAUCAUAUUUGAUAUUCUUAAUCACAAACACAAAAAGUAUAUUUAAAUGAAAGGUCAUGCACCCUCAUGUAUUUCUAAAGGAAAAUGAUUCAAAAUAAACCAGUAUUACUUUACAGUAAAACAUGCUUAUAAAGAACAGGAAUAUGCCCAAAUUACUCUUAAUGUGAAGUGAUACUUUUUCCCCUUUGAGAAGAAAAUGACAAAAAAAAUGUAUUGGAUUUAAUGGGAGUUUGGUUAUAAUGAACUGUAUCUUGCUGGCCUUGGGGGUUCAUUAUAACCAUAUUUUACUGUUUAAUGAAGUUUGGCUAUAAUGAACUGUUUUUUACUGGCCUUGAAGGUUCACUAUAACUGUGUUUUACUGUACAAUGAAGUUUGGCUAUAAUGAACUGUUUUUUACUGGCCUUGAAGGUUCACUAUAACUGUGUUUUACUGUAUAAUGAAGUUUGGUUAUAAUGAACUGUUUUUUACUGGCCUUGGGUGUUCACUAUAACUGUUUUACUGUACAAUGAAGUUUGGCUAUAAUGAACUGUUUUUUACUGGCCUUGAAGGUUCACUAUAACUGUGUUUUACUGUAUAAUGAAGUUUGGUUAUAAUGAACUGUUUUUUACUGGCCUUGGGUGUUCACUAUAAAUGUGUUUUACUGUAUAAUGAAGUUUGGUUAUAAUGAACUGUUUCUUUACUGGUCUUAGAGGUUCACUAUAACCGUGUUUUACUGUAUAAUGAAGUUUGGUAGACCACAUCUUUGAAAUAUGGGAUACGAAACAUAACCAAAUUACUUAAACAGUGGUUAAUCAGCCAUUUUACACACAUAUACUCUGAAGUUGAUAUUAAAAUGAUGCUGGAGUUUCUCAUUGAAAAUAUCUAUGUUGCCUGUGGGGUUCAGGGUUGGAAGAGGUCCUCAGUACCCCUUGUCGUAAGAGGUAACUAAAUGGGGCGGUCCCUUCGGAUGAGACCGAAAAAACUGAGGCCCUGUAUCACAGCAGGUGUGGCAUAAUGAAGAUACCUCAUUGCUCAAUGGCCAUAAGCGCCAAGCAUAGGUCUAAAUUUUGCAGCCCUUCACUGGCAAUGGUGACGUCUCCAUAUGAGUGAGAAAUUCUCGAGUGGGAUGUUAAACUAUACACAACCAACCAAUAUCUAUGUAGUCCUUUGUGACUAGGUUCUUCUAACAGUCCAUUAGAAUUCCCAUGGGCACGAAUUGUGCUUCAUUAUUAGCUAAGCUAAGCUGUUUUUGUAUUCUUUUGACUUAAGAGGUUGAAUUUAUUCAAAAGCUUCAACAUGAGAAGAAAAACAUCUUUUGCUGUGUCCUAUAACUUGACAUUUAGAUAUAUUUUGACAAUAUUUUAUCUAUUAACAAUUUGUUAAUUUUCAUUCAUAUGUUGAUUUGAUAUAUCCCAGUGAAUACCAAAUAAAAGACCCCUUAGAGUC